AUAAGUUUUCAUUUCUCUGCAGAAAUCUUUGUGCCUUUUAUCCAAUAUCUUCUCUCUCUCUCUCUCUCUCUCUCUCUGACGAGACUCAAUCUUAAUUUCUCGUCGGAGACGGCAUCUGAUCGCCGUCUGCAGAGAUACGAUUAAGUUUUUCUUUUUCUUCUUUUAUCUUUUUUUUUACCUAGGAACAUAGAAGUUCUCUAGCUUUGGUGAAGAUGGGGCACAGACAUGGAUUUACCCCAUCUCAUGUGUUUGAGAUAGAUAAUGAUCAGAGCUGGAAUCAUGUACAUCAAGAGAGAAGUUACAAUCAACCGGGCUCUGAAAACGGAUCUGUUGUGUACCCCGUUCAAAAUGUGCAUGCCGAUGGUGUAAAUUAUGGAUCUUACUGGAAUCCUGUUCCAAGAUCAAAUGGAUUUGCUUCUUCCAGUCAGAUGAAUGAAAUGCCACAUUAUCAGCAUGUUGUACCUCCUCAUGGUGCUGUAACCUCCAAUUUGGCACCUAAUAAUUAUACACACAAUGCAUCAUCAUCAUCAUCUUCUAGUCAUGGUGGCCACACCUUCUCUGGGGCGGAGGGUGGUGGUUCCAUGGACACUUCAAUGACCAGCAAUAGGGGGCCUUACAAGAGAAAAAGUCCUGCAAACCCGCCUAUAUAUGAAGGGAGCAGCGCAAACAGAUAUUAUAGUGCUGGAAAUUCUUCUAAUGUGUACGGUCUCUCCAUUGGUGGUGACGAGGGUACGAUGAGGAAUGUGAGGAGCAGGCCAACAGUUGAUUUAGGAACAAAUAUAGAUAGGAAUUUACCAACUAACCCUCAGCAUCAUCAUUCUUUCCUGACAAAUUAUAUUUCUGAUCAAUCUACCACAGUGGAGCAUUUUGGUCAGGGUUCUAAUGCCUCCAUGCAGGAAUUAAACAAUCAAGGGAGGAUUAUGAUGUCAGAUGCCAAUAUCUCAAGUCAGGAUAACAAUCACUUCAUUGUAGGCUCGAGUACUCAAAGUCCAUCUGCAGACUCUGUCGGUUACCAUAAUGAUUUCUCCUCUAGCAGACCUCCCAUUCCACAUAACAUCACAAGCCAACCUAGUAGAGGGGCUCGAAGCAGUUAUGAUCAAAGAUCUGCACCAGCCUUUAGGCCUUCUUCAAGCAACUUACGUCUAGGAUAUAACGACAAUAGGGACGAAGGUUUGCAGUUGGUUGCAGGAAAUCAUUCGUCCAGGCAACAUUCAAGGGGAUUUUCAUCCACGGGAUGGCGUAACAAUGAGCGAAGUGGACGAACAAGAGUGUCUAGCGACAGAUAUCGAUCUUUCCAUCAUGACCAUAUGAGCCUCCAUGAACAAUUUUCACACCAGGGUCUUAUGGUCGCGGACCGUUCUGGAUUCUACGGUUCCAGGAAUUUAAAUGAUCAGCACAGGGACUUGAGGCUAGACAUAGAGAAUAUGAGCUAUGAGGAAUUGCUUGCUCUAGGAGAAAGGAUUGGACAUGUUAACACUGGCUUGUCUGAGAAUAUGGUUACUAAAAGCUUGACUGUAUCGGUUUAUUGCUCGUCAGACCAUUGCCAAGAGGAAUUGAAGUGUGUUAUCUGCCUGGAGGAAUACAAAAACAUGGAUGAAGUGGCAAAAAUGAAGACAUGCAAACAUGAUUUCCAUGUGAAUUGUAUUAAGAAGUGGUUAUCCAUGAAGAACAUGUGCCCAAUCUGCAAGACUAGUACAUCAAUGGCUUCUGAUCAUUUGAAAAAAGAACAGUAACUUGUAAUUACAGUAUCUGGUUGUUGUUGUUGUUUUAAACAUUCUUGUAUAUAUUUCCUUUUUUAGUUUCAACUUUCCUUCGUUAGGCCGGUGGGGGGUUGAGACUCAGUUUUAACCCAAUGCAUUGUGGACCAAUUCUGUUGUUCAAGUUACUGCUUCAUUUUAUUAAGGAUUUAAAGGCAAAAGCAAGCAAGCCUGAUCUCUUUAAUCAA